AUGGACGAGCGCACAGGAACACAAGACGAUGGCACCCGUGCAUCCAGCGACACCAUACUCUCCGGACUCACCUCCCUCGAGAAUGACAGCGAUACCGACGAGUUUGGACGAUUGCUUAUACAAAGAGCCAAGGACGAGCAGCGCAUUCGCGACGCGCUUCGGCGGGGUGGACAGCCGUUCAGAAAAGCGAGACCUCGCCCCCGCAUAGGCCUGACGUUGGAGAACUUGGAGCGCCAGGAGGACUUGGAGCGGUCGAUAGGUCGCGACGAUCUGGCUGCUCAGAGAGAAUUCAGCAGUCCAAUCAGCGUCAGCAGCAGCGAGAUAUCAGACCCUCCGGUGCGCCCACCGCAGGGAUGGGGGAGAAAAGGCAGGCAGAGGAAUACCUGGAUGCGCCGUAUACUGCAAGUGGACGUACAAGAUGAGAGACGAGAGCCGAGUGCAGAAACAGACGCGCUAUAUCCUCAACGGACGGCAGAUGCAAGAGACGGUGGCCUAGGCAGCAAUGGGUGGUCGGCUGCAGCUGCAGCAGAUAUACCCGUAUCCUCUACCGGGAGCAACAGAGCUCUCGAGGGAAGGCACGCUGAGGCCUCGCCAUCUGCGGGGAAGCGGAUGAACACCUCGCUUGAUCGGAUCCGGGAGUGGGAGCUUAGCGAGGAUCUCACUAUGGGUUCAUUACUAGCUUCGACACCGAUUAUUCCAAAGAACAGGCUCCUGGAUGAAAUCCUUCAGCGCGAAAUCGAAAGUAUUAAGGAAGAAGCCAUCGCUCGAAGCCAGGCAAUUGAAAUCACUGAGGUCCAGGAAGAUGAACCACCAGAACACCAUCCAUCGCCAUCAUCCACGAGAGUUCCUCGGCUUGUCCAGCGUGACGAUCUUGAAGCUCAGCCAGCACGGAAAGACAUUGCGUUGCCGAAGCGCAGAGAAAGAGGGCAGAGUAAGCCAAGGUCACCGCUGGCGAUGGGAGAUGAGAACCAGGCGCCGAAUUCUCCAAUCCUAGUUUACAAGAAAAGCACGGAAACAGUCGGGAUCAUCAACCCGGAUAUUCAGGCCAAGGCGCAAGCAACCCCGCAGAGACCGGGUCACAAAAGACUCGACUCUCAGGAUCUGCUCAGGAGACUAGCUCGGGCGACGAGUGCUAGUCCGAGUCCGAAGAGGGGUUUCGAAGCUGCUGCUAGCGAUCGGGCUUCUGUCAGAUCUCAACCAGGCACGCUUUCGAACAGCGUGCAAGAGCUUCCGAACAUUGAGGAACAGAAAGCCCCAUCCGAAGGCGACGAAGAGCGCCCGAAUGACGAGUUGAGGACCGACCCUAUUCCAGAAGAAAACGCGAUCCCAGACGAUAACAUAUCGCCAGAAGCGGACCUAGCUAGUGAAGGCGAUGUAAGAGAUCCGCCUAGAAUAGAUCCGCCAAGUACAGAUCCGCCACUACUCUCCGAGCCCAACUCCACAAGGAUCAAUACAGAAUCGGUUCCCUCUCCCCAAAAACCAGCGGACGUACAAACACCCAAAGUGACUGGCGCCUGGGUCAACACGCCUGCGCCUGAAACGAGCAAAGCUCGCUUCUUCCCGCACUCUUCAUCAAGCAGCAGCAGAUCAGUAUCCCCGAUAAAGUCUAAGACCGCGGAAUCACUACUAGAGACGGAGCGGAAGGCACCGAUAGAAGAACCUCCAAAGCCGCAGAAGCAAGCGCUACCGUCGUCUGCGCUAGAAGCAGUCAUUGACAGAGCAAAGUCCAAUCACCAAAGCCAAGGCAAGGAGGACACGCUCGGAGAUUCCACGAUCGAUUCGCUGGAGGACCUGAUUCACUCGUCACCCGACGACACAACGAAUCUGCAGCUCGACGAAGACACCUUAAUGGGGCUGCAACUCCCAGCUGGCGCGCCCAAGACGGCGGCCGAGCGGGACCGGUAUCAAGAAAUUCAAAUCCUGCAGACCAUGAACACUCGUCUCAAAUCAGCAAGGACCAGCAUACGAGAUGCGGGCCGCGGUAUCAAGCGGGUCGAGCACCAGGUUGAUGUGGCUGAGCACCAUGCUGAUGUGGUGGAGGUCAACAACGUUCCAGCUGUCACGGGGCAAUGCAAGCGCUGCGGAUGCUCUGCUGUUUCUGCGCGGAGCUCAUCAUUCUCGGGCGUUUGGCCGGCACGCAAGAGCUUGUUCUAUGAUAAAGAUAGGAACGGCCGCAUGAAGUUUACCGGACUGGGACUUGCUUCAUUGAUAUUGCUCACUUGGUUACUGUCGGAAAGUGUACUGUGUAGCAUGUAUUGUCAACCGCGCUACGCCCGCACUAUGGUCGGUUACGGCGUCAAUCCAGACGCCCCGCGAUUACCCUUCGUCACGACCACGAUUCUGUUUCGGCCGCUCGCUUGGCUGUGGAGGCCAAUCCUUGGCGUACUUCAGUGGUUUUUUGAAAGCAUUUACCAGGCGUUGUGUGAGGCGGUGGUGGAGGAGGAAAACGUCAGUAGUUUUCAAACCAUGGCGGAAACAGUGGCGAGCUACACGACGCAGGUCGUCCAGGCCACGAUGGAAGCGGACUACAGCAUUAUGGACGACGAGUUUGUUUAG